AUGCGCGGUGACGGCAUUGUUGAACCCUCGCCGCUGUUCGAAGACCCGUCCCGUGCAGAUGAUUUUUCCGCACCGGCAGAGAUAGCUAAUGAUGGAUUGUGCGAUCCGCCUGGUGUGCCACCCUUGUCGCGUGUGAACACCGAUUCCUCGAACACUCUCAGCGGUCGCUCAGCCACCACCUUUGCCGGUGGUACGUCGGCCUUGACUCCGGAGGCUGAUCGUGUGGCCUUUCACUUGGGCCACCAAUAUACAAUGGGUGAAAUGGCGACGGAAGAAAACCGUCACUUCACAGCCCUGGCAGCCGUUGUGCAUCAUCCUUCUACAACCAACGAAGGAGGUUCGUUUACUAUAACUGAGAACCAGGUUGUCAACGCUGUGACUGCGGCCGUCCCCUCAAGUAUCUUGCAACCGGAUGCACGGCUUGUGGAAAUGAACUCGCUUCGGCAUAUCUCCUCAUUUGAAGGCGCUCGCUCAAGACUACAUGGUCCAGAUUCGCCGCCAAUGGAAAUGGAUCAAGGAUCACUCAGCUCGAUGUCUGACGGGGAUGAUGUCGAGAUGGAUCGGAUUGUGCAAAAUCUGCUUGGGCAGACAACAAGAUGGAGCAGUAUUGCUACAGUCGCCAACAAUGGCACUACAUGUCAUGAGGAUAUGGUGAUGGACUACGAUUCCAGUCUAGCAGAGGAUAAUCCAUCGCCGUUGACCAUUCCCGACGACGAGUUGAAGGAUUUCCUCAGGUUCUACCCUGAUGAAGAAGACUACUUUUACCGUAACGUCGCGGGGUACUCGCAGCGCGAGAGUACGUGGCAUGACGUGAACUUGGACGACUUCUAUCAAGCGAUCACCUAUGAAUCGACCAUAUCCGACCCCCCUCAGAUUCCUGUCCCAGCUCCCGAGUUCGCGACCGCAGGCAUCGAUCCUUUGGAUAAUCCACCAGAAGAUGAAACCGACUGGCACCCCGCCUCUUUCGUGCAUACCACCACAUUUGAGCGCAAUUUGACCAUAGACGAAUUCAUUCAGCGAUGGAUGGUCCAGUCCAAUAUUAUACCUCAUGGAUUCCAUUCCGAGAAUAGAAUUCCUGCUCAGCUUCGUCCUCUUUCACGAAUGAUGGAUUGGCAGCAACCUCUUGAGAUCCAUCGACCUCCUGGUUUCACAGGCCAGGUGUUUGAUUUGCAACAAGUACCAUGGGCUGAGACCCUCAAGGUGAAACGCUCUGAUGCUCGAGACCUCCGCGAUCGAUGGUACACAUCGUACCAUAAUCUUGAUUAUUCUCACAAUGACCUAGCCGAACGGCUUCCACGGGAAGAGCUGUUCUUUCAAGAAAAGUCGAUGUACACGGAACACAAGGCCACCGUCGAACAUUUCCAGCUACGCAACCUAUUGUCGGUGCCUGCAUCUCACACAGUUCAGUUCGCCAGUCGAUCAAAGAUAUACUCUUGGUCGCCGGAGUUUCAUAGCAUUUCUUGCCUGAUUGAUCUCAGUCGCCCUUUGCCCGAAUUGGGCUUCCUCAACCCGGUCAAGGUGUCUAGCAUGAAAUCUGCGUUUGGGCUGACGGUUGCGGGCGGAUUUUGCGGCGAGUAUGCGCUUCAUGGGGACACCGGUGAGGGGUCGGGGGCAAAGGGGCUUGUGACGCCUGACUUCAACGACGGUAUCACCAACCACGUCGAUGUCAUCCGCAAUCGUUCCGGACGCGAGCCCAUCUGUGUGUUUGCCUCGAAUGAUCGCCAUCUCCGGGUGCUAGACUGCGAAACCAACGUAUUUCUGUCUGACCAGGAGUUGUCUCGUCCCAUUAAUUGCACUGCCACCUCGCCAGACAGUCGUCUCCGCGUGGUCAUUGGGGACUCGCCAGACGCGUGGAUCAUUGAGGCUGACACGGGGCGGCCCGUGCAUCCCCUUCGAGGCCAUCGUGACUUUGGAUUCGCUUGCGCUUGGUCCCCGGACAUGCGACACAUUGCCACCAGCAACCAGGACAAGACCGUGAUCAUCUGGGACGCGCGCACCUGGCGUGCGCUGGAAACGAUCGAUUCCGACGUCGCUGGUUAUCGGUCCCUCCGCUUUUCUCCGGUCGGCGGUGGCCCUCGAACGCUCCUCUGCGCGGAACCUGCGGAUCGCAUUUCCAUCAUUGAUGCCCAGAUGUUUCAGUCGCGACAGGUUCAUGAUUUCUUUGGGGAGAUCGGUGGUGCCGAUUACUCCCCUGACGGCAGUGCUAUCUGGGUUGCCAACACGGACCCGCACUUUGGCGGGUUCAUGCAAUAUGAACGACGAAACUGGGGUCAGUCGUUUGGCCUGGCCGACCUUCCGAAUGAAUGGUUGUCAGAGGCAGAGCUGGACGGGGAUGAACGAUGCGUGGCCGGUCCUCGGCAGAGAGAUUUGCGCUUUUUGCGGACCAUGGCCGAUGAAGAGUACGACUCCUUUAUCCUGUGA